CUCAUCAGUCAGAACAGCUAGGACUAGGACUAAGCAUCAUGAAGCUUCUGGUCCUGGCGGCCUUUGUUGUGGCCGUGUCAUCGGGCCGUCUAGGGAGUGAAUCCAACUCUGCAGAUCAGCAGUGGCCAUGGCAAAGUGGUAAGGUGUAUAAGUAUGAUGUGGAAUCUCAUACUCUGGCUUCUCUUCCCGAUAGUGCUAGCACUGGGAGCUCUUACCGAGCAAGAUUCGUUAUACGUGCCAGAGAAUUUGGAAAGCUUGAUGCAAGACUGGAAAACGCAGUUCAUGCUUUAGUGCACAAAAAACUACGACAACACAACCAAAUAUCUGAUGAAGAAGAAAACGACUACCAGCCGUUAUCGAAUCUGGAGAAACCAUUUGAAAUCAACGUAAAUGGUGGACGGAUUGUCUCCCUCAAUUUGCCACUAGGGUUACCUCUCGCUUACGAAAACCUGCUGAAAGGUCUCAUUGGAUCCCUUCAAAUCGACUUGUCUACAUACCGUAACAUCAACUCACCUGGUGACAAUUACGACAAUGACGCUAAACAGGGCUUGUUCCGAAAAAUGGAAACCGAUGUCACUGGUGAUUGCGAAACAUUAUAUUCAGUAUCACCUUCAGCAGCGGAAUGGCGACGUGAAGUUCCCAAAUUUGCCAAUGCUGAAGAUCCUAUUGAAGUUACAAAGAGUAAAAGCUAUGACAAUUGCCAUCACAGAAUUGACUAUCAUUUCGGAGUACCCGAAGGUGUUGAAUGGACUGGUACUACACACUCCACCAAAAAAGAACAACUAAUAAAGAGAUCCACGGUUUCUCACUAUCUCGUGGGGAAGAAUGGGCCUAUUUACAAAGCAGAAACAACGAGUAUUGUUAAUGUUAGCCCACUUAUGUUUAGCAAACAAAAAGCCGAAGUACACAGCAAGAUCACUAUUCAAUUAGCUAAUUACGAAGACGACAAUGAACCAGAAUGGGAAAAACCUGAAGGCGGACGUGAAGUCGAAAACCUGUUAUACUCAUUAACCCCCAAACAAGUAUCAAUCGAUGAUUCGUCAUCUUCAGCCGAAUCACGCGAUAAUGAGCAACCAGCAUCACGUGUGCGACGGUCAUCUAAAUCCAAAUCAAUAACUAUAAACAAAAUUAUAUCUCAAAAGUACAGUAGGGAAAACUCAGAUUCUACAAGUUCAUCCAGUUCAGCCGACUCACGUUCCACGUUCGUUAACGACGACGUUCCCAAAUUCAAUGAGCCUGCAUAUGCAGCUCUGUAUAUGAACUCGCAACCCCGUGGUGAUAAAAAACAAAAUCCAUCAAACGCACAGAAACUUGUUCAAGAAAUGGCACAACAAUUACAAAAUGCUAAUAAUAUGCCUAGGGCUGACUUCUUGUCAAAAUUCAAUAUACUAGUCCGUGUUAUUGCUUCCAUGAGUUAUGGUCAACUAACGCAGGUGAGUCGCAACAUUGAAGCUGCGAAAGACCACGAAGAUGAAAUGAAAGCAGAUAUGUGGAGGAUAUACCGCGAUGCAGUGGCACAAGCUGGUACACUGCCAGCCUUCCAACUCAUCAGAUCUUGGAUACAAGAAAAUAAAAUUCGAGGAGAGGAGGCUGCUGAAGUUGUUGCAGUUCUACCUAGAUCACUCCGUUACCCCACUAAAGAAGCUAUGAUCCAAUUCUUUGAGUUAGCUAUGAGCCCCGAAGUUAGAGAAGAAAAGAGCCUUAAUACUUCCGCUUUAAUAGCUGCAACUAAAUUUAUUCAAAUGGGCCAAGUUGAUAAUAGAACUGUGCACCGUUACUACCCAACACAUAUGUAUGGACGUCUUUCCAAUCAACAUGAUCGCUUUGUUAUAGACGACAUUCUUCCGCGACUUGAAGCACAACUACAGUUGGCCAUUGAGCAAAAUGAUAGUCACAAAGCUCAGGUAUAUAUAAGGGCGAUAGGUACUUUAGGACACCGCGAAAUAUUAAGAGUAUUUUCACCAUACUUGGAGGGCAAGGUACCGGUUUCCACUUACCUUCGAACUCAAGUGAUUGACGCUUUAAAAACUUUAGCAAGACAAAAGGAUCGUUACGUCAGAUCUGCUUUAUACAGUAUUCUCCGGAAUACAGCUGAACCGUACGAAGUCAGAGUAGCAGCUAUUAUGAACAUAUUUAUGACACAUCCAACUGAAGCAAUGUGGCAAGAAAUGGCUGAAAUGACCAAGAGAGAUCCUAGUCAGGAAGUACGUGCUGCUAUUAAGUCUGGAAUUCAAUCAGCAGCAAAACUACAACACCCUCGCUACUUUGAGGUAGCUAGGUCAGCACAAGGUGUACGUGAUAUGUUAACAGAAGAGAAUUUCGGUAACCAACAGUCAUUAAAAGCGAUGAGUUCCUACGGAAGAGAUGAUGAUGAUGUCGGCAUAUUCGGUGUAUGGUCAGCAAUCGGAGCAGAAGACAGUUUAAUUCCUAAAUCGAUAAGAUACUAUCUUCAAAACACAGUAGCAGGAUGGAAAGAAGAAACAACAGCCUCAAUAGCACUUUCCAACUGGCAGGAUUUAAUGAACUAUUUCAAUGAAUUUAACCAAAAAGAUUCCCAGCAAUCAAAAUCGAAAACGGAACAUAAAUAUUCGGCUGAUAAAAUCUAUGAUAUGUUUAAUGGCAAAAAAGAAAGACAAGCUGCAGCACUUUCAAUGUUUGUUGACCUCAUGAAUCAACAGAGAUUCUUUGCACUAGGUGAAGAGGAUUUGAAGCAACUCCCACAACAAUUGGCCAAUGUCCUAAACGGAGACAGUGAAAAACAUUAUACUAAAGUGGUAAACAAAAAUAAGUUAUCAAUCAUGUUCCCUGUUGCAUCUGGUAUGCCUUUUAUUUACAAAUACAAAGAACCUACUGUUAUUCAUACAAGACGGAGUGGAAUGGUUAAUUUGGCAGGAAAUGAGAACUCUAACACAAACCUAAAUAUGGAAUAUGUUAUAACUUAUGCAGAAAAUCAUGAUGGAAGCGUCGGUUUCUUGGACACUAUUUCUAACCAAUAUGCUAGCGUUGGUGUGGUUGGAAAAAUGCAGUUAUAUGCACCUUUAAGAAUACAAGCUGAAAAGAAAUCAGGAGAAAUAAAAAUUACAUUUGCACCUAUUCAACCAGAGCAAGACAUUAACAUAUUCCAUUACAGCGUCUGGCCGUACAGUGCGAACCAGAAGAAGGAUACUCUUGUAACAAUUUCCCAAGACCCCACUACUAAACUAACUAACCGCAACAGUAAAACUAUGGCAGUAGAUUACAAGUUUGGGCAAAUGUUUGGUACCCAAUACCAAUUUAAUGGAUACUCAUACUCGAACGACUACAACAACGUGAUUAACAUGCUCUUGUCUCGCAGUCCUCUAUCUCACAUGGUUGCACCAUUCAACCAAAAGGAUAUUGGUCAGACCCACUUUAACCUGAAGUAUCUUGGAAAGCAAUCUAAGUCUAAAGCCAUGACUAUUACAGCGAAAUAUGAUACAUUGUAUAAUCAAAAGCAACAAGGAAAAAUGUCUGUUGAGGCAGCGGAAACUACUGAUACAUCACCGAACAGCGCCCAGAGACGUGAGGCUCUUGUAAAACAAGUAGUCUCGGGGGUAAACACAGGUCGUGCUCAAGUUCUUGACCUAAGCGCUAUUUUUGACUCGCCUCAAAAAUUAGAAUACGUUUUCACCUCAGCCAUUAGUAGCAGUGACAUAGACCCAAAGAUACAAGUUGCAGUUUUCGGAGCUCGAAAUUCUGAACAAAAUGGCAAUUCUCAAGUAAAUGCUGUUGCAAGACUAACGAAACCAAACUCGGCUUCCACUCUUAACUACGUCAAAGCAUUAAAAGAUGAAAUGAAAAUGCAAUUCGAAGCUGAUAUUCGCUAUGGCCAAAAAGAAAGAAUUUCUAUUCAAGGAUCGGGCCAACGUUCAUCAAAAUAUGUCGAAGACUUGCAAAAUCACCCUCUUUCUCGGCAAUGUCUUGAAGAAAUGGCUAGUAACAACAACUACCAGCAUGCCUGUCAUAAAAUGCUUAAUUUAGCUCACGCACCUGAUUCAUUCAGAUUCUCAGUGACCUACAACGUCAAUUCUGGAAUCAGGAAUGCUGCUUACCAAGCAUACAGAAUCGCUAAGAGCUUAGCACUUUCGCAAGUUGAAGAUAAUCCACAAAAGGUUUCACCUGACGGCCAGCUGGAAUUAGCGUUUGACUUAGCCUAUUUGACGCAGACAAUGAAUAUGAGUUCGAAUUCCCGCUAUGGUGAACUACGAAUUAAAAAUAUACCCAUGCCUGCUGUAACUCCCGGGGCUUUGUCAGCGUAUCGACCCAUGUCACCUACAGAACGAGUUCUUAACUAUUACACAAAACAUCAAUAUCAACCAUAUUGUUCCAUUGAAAGCACGCGAGUGAGAACAUUCAGCGACCGUAGAUACAAUUACACUCUCUCUCGGAACUGGCAUGUUGUUAUGGUGAACAGGGUACCAUACAACGAUGACUACACAGUUCUUGCAAGGAGACCCAGUGAAGAUACCCAAGAAGUUUACAUUUCGUACAGAUCUCAGAACGGUAAACAUCUAGAAAUCGAGGUCGGCCCAGGAGCAGACAGCUCCAACUAUAAUGUCAAGGUCUUCACCAACUCCAAAAAGAUAUCUGAGGGAGAGCUUACCACCUAUUUUGACGAAAGUGAGGAAGCUCCCAUCCUCGAAUACUACGUACAGCCUGAUAAUGUUCUGGUCCUGAAGAUCAAGGAUAACCGUCUUAGGAUCAUGUAUGAUGGCCAGAGACUCGUGGUACUAUCAGCGCAAGGUCGGGGGCAGAACAGAGGAAUCUGUGGACAGAUGAGUGGUAAAAGGCGAGACGAUUACAUGACUCCUUACGGUCUUGUAGACAACCCUGACCAAUACGCGGCGUCCUUCGCCUUGAACGAUGAUAAUCCUGAACCAAGGACCCGGCAACUACAGGCGGAGGCUAAACAAAUGGCAUACCAACGCCAGAACAAGUACACAGCAAUCCUCCGCUCAGAUCCGAACUGGCAGAAGUCGCAAUCAGAAAACAUGAAGUGGGAUGAUAGCGGUGUGUACAACGCUAGGAGCUAUUCCAAGAAGAAGUCACCGUGUAAAAUGCAGAAGCAGGUGCAAUACUACGAAAACUACGGAGAGAUUUGCAUAACAACCAAGGCUUUACCAGUUUGCCAGCCCUACUGCAAUGUUGAAGACUACAAGGUUCAGGCGGCUCAGGUAGUCUGUCAUCCCAAAAUGGAUCCACAGUUCAUUACUUACAGGAAUCAAAUACGACAGGGUCUUAAUCCUAAAGUGUCUGGUGCACCUGAGUCAAGGCAAUACCGAGUUCCCGCAUCCUGUAAAGCAUGAUUUUCCCCUGGAUGAUAUUAGGCAACGACUUUUAAAUAUGGCACGAAAUGGACUAUGAUAUCUUACAGUUAUAGAUAUUUAUGUAUAGUAUGUUUAUAAUCUUUGAAAAUAUAUUAUGU